AUGGCCUCCGUCCUGCGCUGCUCGCUGUGCAAGGGCGCGGACGCCCUCGUCGAGCUCACAUCGUGCGGCCAUAGCUUCCAUCCGCGCUGCAUUCACACGUGGCCGAUCCUAGCCUGCCAGGUCUGCCACGCGCCAUCGCCGGCCCUGCGCGUGCUCCGGGCCAAAGCCAGCACCGCGACGUCGGCGCUGCCGCCGCGCCGCACGUGGUUCGACUCGGAAAAAGAGUAUUGCGAUGCACUGCUGGCGCUCUUCCACGAGGGCAGCUUGCCGCUCGCAAGAGGCGUGCAUCUGCGCCCGACGUUGGCCACGUUGUUGCACUGCAAUCCGAUGCGGAUCACGAAAAAGUUCAAGCAGCACCAGCAGCUGGGCAAGCAGCUCUACGCAUACAACGCAGCGCCCACGGGCUUGACGCACGCCUACAAGCGCCACACGUCGACGCAAAAGCACGUGACGAUGCUCCGCGAUGCGUUCUACUGGCAGAUCCAGGCCCAUGGCGGCGGCCGCGGUGUCGUUGACGCCAUGCGCCAUGCCGAGGCUCAAUUUUGGCUCGACCAGCUCGUGCCCUUUUGCAAGCUUGUGGGCCAGCCUAUCGAGCCGAGGGACGACGCGCUACCGCCGUUGACGCCCGACAACAACGACAAGAUUCACACAGAGGACGACGACGACCGCGUCAAGACGGAGCUCCGCGCCGAGAGCCCGGCGCACGUCGAGCACGCGGCCGACGCACCGGCCAAAAGUCUCUCGCAGCUGCAGUGGAACGACAUUGAGAUCGUCCACUCGGACGUCGCGUACGGGCCGUGGGAGUCGGGGGACCCGGAGCAGUGCAGCCUCGGCUUUAUCAUCGACGAGGACGGGCUCGUUCAGUUCGAGUCCAUGUACGUCGACGACUCGGUCUGGAGUGUAUGAACACUAGCAAUAGCAGAACACAUUUAGUUUUUUAUUUAAUCCUUUUGCACAGUAUUUGCACUUUAUCAUGUUCAUAA